AUGUCUCCUCCUCCUGGUUUUCCUACCUCUUCCAAGGUAUGCAAACUUCGCCGUGCCCUAUAUGGUUUGAAACAGGCACCUCGAGCUUGGUUUUCGAAAUUUAGCUCUGCUCUACUCCAGCUUGGCUUUACUUCUAGUGAUCAUGAUUCGGCUCUCUUCCUUCGACGUGGGUCAGCUGGAAUUACUAUUUUAUUGCUUUAUGUGGAUGACAUGAUUAUUACGGGAGAUGAUGCAUCAGGUAUCUCCGAGUUGCAAGCUCAUCUAAACCGCCACUUCGAGAUGAAGAGUUUAGGGCCUCUUCGGUACUUCCUGGGACUUGAGAUCUCCGACACCUCCGACGGAUAUUAUCUCUCUCAAGCCAAGUAUGCCUCCGACCUCCUAUCUAUUGCCGGUCUCACUGACUCCAAGACUGCUCCUACACCUCUUGAUUCUGACUGUCGUCUUACUCCGAUGGACGGCGUUCCCCUUGAUGAUCCGACUUUGUAUCGUCAGCUAGUGGGAAGUCUCAUCUACCUGACUGUCACUCGACCGGAUAUUGCUUAUGCCGUCCAUAUCGUCAGUCAGUUUAUGUCUGCUCCUCGGACGACUCAUCAUUCUGCUGUCCUACGGAUUCUCCGGUACGUCAAAGGUACCCUGCUUCAUGGACUUCAUUAUUCCGCUCGAUCCUCCUUAGUUUUGACCGGGUAUUCUGACGCUGAUUGGGCGGGAGAUCCCUCUGAUCGCCGCUCGACCACCGGGUUUUGCUUCUUCCUUGGCGACUCGCUUAUUUCAUGGCGCAGCAAGAAACAGACGGUUGUCUCCCGGUCCAGUGCAGAGUCUGAAUAUAGAGCCCUUGCCGAUACCGCUGCUGAGCUUCUAUGGCUUCGCUGGCUUUUGGCUGAUCUUGGAGUGCCUCAGCCCUCUGCCACUAUUAUCCAUUGCGACAGUCAGAGCGCCAUGAAGAUUUCGACAAAUGAUGUCUUCCACGAGCGUACGAAGCAUAUUGAGAUCGACUGUCACCUUGUACGUCAUCACGUUGCUCAUGGAAGCAUCUCCUUGUCUCCUAUUUCCUCUGCUGAUCAGACGGCCGACGGAUUCACCAAACCUCACCUUCCCGGCCGUUUUCAGUCAUUUUUGAACAAACUCAAGUUGGGCUCCACCGUUCCACCUUGA